AUGCGCCGAUUCAACGUCUUGCUAAUAAUUGCUGCGACCGCCCUCGUUGUAGGAAGCCAUGGCCUCUCAGCUGCCGACCAAGCCAAGUCUCCAAGCGUGACGACACCGGACGCGCGUUCCUCUGUCCGCUCACUUUUAAGCGAGAGUGUUCGCGACAAUACAAGCAAGCUCCGGGGUGCUGGAGAAACGUCGGAGCUAGACGAGGAGCGAGGGUUAUUCUCCAGUCUGAAGCUUCGUCUCUACCUUCAACGAGGUGUUACUCCUGCUCAGGCGUUGAAGAAGCUUCCCAAAACCCAAAUGGAAAAGUACUACUACAGUACAUGUGGCUCAAGAAAAUGGCAGCCAAGAAGCCUCCAACCAAGGCCUGAUUGCUGGAGCGCAUCAUUGCACUAUAACCUUUGUCACCUAAUACAAUAUUCUUCCUGUGUUCGAAGGAAAACCUGGAAAAAAAGUGUUGACUGUACGCUACUUCAAUCAACUACAUAA